CGCCGCGCGAGGGGCGGCGGGGGCCACGCGGGACCGGGCCGGCUGCGGGGGGGGCGGUACGUGCCAAACCGCACGCGGCGUCUGCAUCCCCCACCCGCUCCCCCCCCCCCCCCCCGAUUGCGCGCGGGGGUACGCGCGGGGGUGCGGGCGCGCGGGGGUACUCGCGCGUGGGCGCGCGUUCUCGCGCGGGCGUGUUCGUGUGUGCUCGCGUGGGUGUGCGCGUGUGCGCUCACGUGCGCGUCUGUCCGGGCGUGUGCGUUCACGUCGGCUUCCGCUCGCGCGGGUGCUCGCGUGUGUUUUCACGUGGGUGUUCACGUGCGCGUUUCGGCGCGUGGCAGCGCACACACGGGUGUCCCUGUUUCGGCCGUUUGUAUCCGCGGGCUCACGCGGGUUUUGGCGACUGGGCCACGCGCGCGCGCGUGUGUGCUUGUAACGUUGUGCUCACGCGGGUCGCGUUGGUGGUCACGCGUGGCACGGCAGCCGCCCGCGAGCGCGUGCAGAGCAGCGCCUCUGCAGAAGCGGGCGCCUGCUUGUGCACAGGGGUGGCGCGCGCGGGCACACGCGGGUGCGCGGCUGCACCUGUGUGUGUGAACAGGGCUGUGCACGCGUGUGCACCGCCGCGCGUCGGCUCUCCGUGGGCGAGUGUGGGUGUGCGCGCAGGCGGCACGGCUGGGCUGGCACGCGUGUAUAAACACGCAUGCCGUGGUCGUGCGGGUGCAUGGGGUGUAUGUGUGUGUGGGUGCGUGUCCCUGUCCCCGCACCGCCCGCGCCCCCCCAGCCCCUCACCCAGGCCCUCCCCCGCCGCUCGCUGUCGGGGUGCCCCGGGGGGGCUGUUGCGCGGACCCGCCCCCCGUGGGAGUGGGGACCCGCCCUCCGCCCCCGCCGCCCCCCCGCAGCCCCCCCGCAGCCCCCGCGCAUCACCUGAAACCGCCGCGGUGUCGGGUUCGCGCUGGCGGCGCCGGCCCCCGCGGGGGGGGUCACGGGCGGCCCGGCGCGGACGCGAUGCCCCCCGGGGAGGGGAACACGGGGGGACACCGGCUCACAGCACCGGAGUGAGUGGGGCACAACGACACCCCCCGUCCUCUGGCCUUGCCUCAGUUUCCCCUGUGUGCCCCCGCGGUGCUCCGCGCUAAGGGAGGGGCUCGGGGGGGGGCGCCCACUCGCCCCACGCAGGUCCGCGGGGGGACGCGCCCCCCCCCCCGAGCCCCCCCACGCCGUCCCCCUUUGGGGUGGGGGAGCCCCGUGUGUGUCCCCGUCCCCAGCUGCAGGGCCAGCCCUGGCCACUCUUGAUUGACAGCUCCCGCGCCCGAUGGCCGCGCCGGUCCCGCGGGGGCAGCCAAUCCCCGCAGGCGGGGGGGCGGGAGGAGAUGCUGCCCCCCCCCGGCCUCUCCAUCCCCCCCGCGCUGCCGGGUGUCUCUUUCGCAGGUGGCACCAUGGGGACAGGCUGUGCUGCUGUGCUUGGGACUCAUCCUGCCAGCGCUGAGCACCCACGCCAGCCGGCCCUGGCAUCGCGCUGCUAAGAGGGAGCAGUACCCAAGCCUGGGCAUGUGCUGCUGGAUUAUGCCAUGUCACCCCCUGGCCAGCGGGCAGCCCCAGCCCUGUGAGGACGCAGCCAGCCCUGAGCCAGACAUCAGGACGCCGGGGUGCCCAGCACUGCCAUGGCCCAGGGCUGGGACACGGCGCUGUCGGGGAUGACUGCAGGCAGCCGGUCGCGGAGCUCCAGCAGCGAGGCCAGCCUGGCUCCCUGCUGCCUCCUGAGCAAGCAGAGCCGCCUGCUCAAUGGAGCCAUCCAGGGCAGCCGUGCCACCUCCCCCAUGGGCCGCGUCAUCCUCAUCAACACCCCCAUCGAAGCCAGCAGCAACGAGAGCAACGUCAUCAAUGCCAUCACAGUAGAGAAGAGCGUGGAUGGCAAGCUGGGCUUCAGCGUCCGUGGCGGCUCUGAGCAUGGGCUGGGCAUCUUUGUCAGCAAGGUGGAGGAGGGCAGCACUGCUGAGCAGGCCGGGCUGUGUGUUGGUGACAAGAUCACGGAGGUGAACAGCGUGAGCCUGGAGAACAUCACCAUGAGCAGCGCUGUCAAGGUCCUCACUGGCAACAACCGCCUCCGCAUGGUGGUCCGGCGGAUGGGCCGUGUGCCAGGCAUCAAGUUCUCCAAGGAGAAGACGGCAUGGGUGGAUGUGGUGAACAGGCGGCUGGUGGUGGAGAAAAGUGGCUCGACGCCAUCAGAGAGCGGCUCCGAGGACGGGCUGCGGCGCAUCGUCCACCUCUAUACCACCUCUGACGACUACUGCCUGGGUUUCAACAUCCGCGGUGGCAGGGAGUUCGGCCUCGGCAUCUAUGUCUCCAAGGUGGACCCCGGGGGGCUGGCAGAGCAGAACGGAAUUCGGGUGGGAGACCAAGUCCUUGCAGCCAAUGGAGUCAAGUUUGAAGACAUAAGCCAUAGCAAGGCAGUGGAGGUGCUGAAGGGGCAGACCCACAUCAUGCUAACUAUCAAGGAGACUGGCCGGUUCCCUGCCUACAAGGAGAUGGUGGCCGAGUACUGCUGGCUCAGUCGAUUGACCAACGGGCAGCUGCAGCAGCUGUCUCAGGCCUCAGAGACCAGCUCCUCCAUCUCCUCCUACUCCUCGGGGCCAGCGCCAGGGGCAGUGAAUGGGCUGGGGAUGGCCACCACAGGCCUCCCCACCCGCACCGUGGAUGUGGCCAUCUCCACAGAGGACGGGCCACGGCGAGGCUGGGCGCGGGAGCGUGCCGAGCGGGCCAUGCAGACCGAGCCAGCCGCCGAGGGGCUGCCGGAGACACGGCGCAUGGUGCGGCCCCCCGAGCUGCUGCGGGACACGGCCAUCCGGGGCCAGAGCACCCGUGAGCCCCCUGGCACUCACCCACGCCGCACCUUCGCCCACUCGCCCAAGACGGCACUGCUGCUGGCGCUGAGCCGCCCCCGGCAGCCCAUCACACGCUCCCAGAGUGACCUCACCGUCGCCGAGGAGAAGCGGAAGAAGGAGAAGCCGGAGGUACAAGGUACACGGGGGGCCCCCCCAGGGCUGCACCGCUCCAAGACCCUCGUCAACCUCUUCUUCAAGGGUGGCCGUGCCACCAGCCAGAGCUGGGCCCCACCCAGCCAGGAGCCCCCCACCUCCGACCACCGAGCACGUGCCAAGUCCCCAGGGCGCCCUGAUGGGGACAGAGUAGGCGCUGUGCAGAAGUUUGUCAUCCGGAGCCUGAAGCGGGAGAAAAGCCAGCGUGCCAGCAUCCUAGGCCCAGUGGGCAUCGCUGCCCUGCAGCCCAACAGCAACCCCGAGGCCCGGCUCCCACAUAUCCAGGACACUGCUGCACGCCUCCUCAGCCCCGACGAGGUGACGGCUGUGCUCCGCCACUGCUCCCGGUACUUGCACGAGGGCAGCGUGGAGGAUUUGGUGCAGCCACUGCUGGCCAUUCUAGACCGGCCUGAGAAGGUCCUGCUGCUGCGGGAUGUGAGGAGUGUGGUGGCCCCCACUGACCUGGGCCGGUUCGACAGCAUGGUGAUGCCGCUGGAGCUGGAAGCCUUUGAUGCCCUGAAGAGCCGCUCAGUGCGCUCGCCUGCCCUCCGCCCAGCCCACCAUGACAUCCCUCCCAAAAGACACCUCAUCACACCUGUGCCUGACUAUCGGGGUGGAUUCCUGCUGAAGCCGGCAGGGGCCCCAGAACCGGAGGAAGCUGGGGGGCUGCAAGCAAGCCCAGCCCGGACACAAGCCUCCCCCAGCCCCCGCUGGCUUCACCCACGCACCUACACCCCGCUCCCUGACGUGCCAGUGGAUGCUUAUGCCUGCACCAGCCGCCCCCCACCUGCUGCCAGCCGCCAGCCCCCCAACUGGCUGCUAGCUGAGCCCCUCCUGGGCGAGGGGCGCGGGCACUCACACAGCCCCCAACCCACCCGGCGCAAGGAGCCCCCCGGGUUGGUGCCUGAUCGAGGGGCUGACAUGCUGGGGAAGCCCUGGCAGGCACCACCCCGCCUUGCACCCCUCUUUGGGAGGCCAGGGGGUGAGGCAGGAGCUGGGGUGGCCACCAAUGGCCCUGGGGAUGCUGGCAGAGAAGAGGAGGAAGAGGAGUACCGGUUACUCACUGUCACCCUCUCCAAGCUGAAGCACUCGCUGGGGAUCAGCAUCUCCGGCGGCAUCGAGUCAAAGGCACAGCCAGUGGUGAAGAUUGAGAAGAUCUUCCCUGGGGGAGCUGCCUUCCUCAGUGGUGUCCUCAAGGCCGGGCAGGAGCUGGUGUCAGUGGAUGGGGAGAGCCUGCAGAACAUCACCCACCAGCGGGCUGUGGACAUCAUCCGCCAGGCCUACCGCAACAAAGCCAAGGAGCCCAUGGAGCUGGUGGUACGGGUGGCUGGAGUCCCCCCAGAGUGAUGCUGCACCCCUGCUUCGAGGAUCUGUCCCAUGCUCUAGAGGAGCUGAAUAGCUCAUUCCAGCAUCGAGCUGUGGCCAGUCUCAACACAGGCAGAGGGCAUGACAACCAGAGCCGCCCCACAGGUACAGAGGAGCUGCCCGCAGCAGGACCCGAGGCAGGGGGCAAGGCUGGCAAGAUGGGAGGGGGACAGGCAGCCCCAAACCCUGCUCUGGACAGAUGGACACAGCCCUGAAAAAAACACAGCCAGGGGCUUGU